UGUGUGCUGCUGCUUGGUGCAGCUGCUCCCUGCCUGGGAUGUGCAGUUCCACAUCCCCAGUGGUGGCACUGGAAGGCCAGGUUUAGUUUAAGUCCUUGCUCUUUGCUGUCCUGUCAUGGAUUUGAUUUUUUGCUGCCUCCUUCUGGUCAUCAGCAUCAGCUGCCUGCAGUGGUGUUUGUGUGUUUGUUCUAUAUCUGAAGAGUAGCCUGAUCUUGUGAGCUGAGCCAGCUUCCUCUUUUGUACCUGAUAUGGACAGUGUGAAGCUGGAGUGACCCUUGGAUCCUCAUGGCACUGCAUGUGGAGGUGAUGUGCCCUAAGGGAGGCAGGGAGGCAACCUGGCUGAUCUGAGCCAGAUGCUGACUUUUCCCUUCACUUCCUCAAGCAGUUCAGCAAAAGCUGCUGGAAUUCCAGGUUAAUGGAGAAAAUCACUUGAUGUUAAACCCUUGGCCAUCUGCUCACUUUCUAAUUACAAGCACUGUGGGUGUGAUCCGUGUUGAUGCCCUUGGCCAGGAGUGAUGAGAGCAGCCCCUUGGGCCUGUGCCCUGGUUGAGAUGAGAAGCAGAGCCCCCUGCCCCAGAGUAAGAAGGUCUUGUGGGGCUACAUGCAGGUAUGAGAGCAAGAUUCCUUCCUUUGACCAGUGCAAUGCAUAUGAAGCCGUGACUCUUGUGCUUGUGCCCUGGCCUUGCCCAGCCUUCCCUGCUCGGCGCCUGCUCACUGUUGCUUGGCUGAGCUGGGGCUGCAGAUACCUUCGAGAGAAGGAACUCGUGCCAAGUUUGCAUUCGCAGCACUUCCAUCUUGGCUCCCCUUCCAACACAUGAGCUCUGCUGCCAAAGCUGUGGCUGCGCCGCUGCUUUCAAGCUGCAGCAUUCUUAUGCUACCCAAUUGUUUGGUGUUACGAGUGGGGUGGUGCCCGAGGAGAGUUGUCCCUUUAAACACUGGGUCCAGAGAGGGUAAUCUGCCAGGGAUUAUCUGAUGGGGAGAGGAUUGGCAUCAACAGGAGUCUCCUCCCUCCCCUGGGCCCUACAGCAUGCCGGCCUGUGUGUAUGGAAACCAAGUUCACUUUCUCCUUGGCAGUGUUCGGGGGUGAGGGGAGGAGAGCAGUGCUUGCGCUAUGGGGCUGGGUCUUCUCUUCCUCAUUGUGUUGGCCACGCUGGUCUCCUGUGAGCACCCAGAAGGUAACAGGGUGUUUGGGAGAAGGGUUGCUUACGGGGUGCCCUAAGGCUGCUGACACAGCAAAGAAUAAGCCCAUGUGCUGGAGCUUGGUGCUGGAGGUGCCGGAUCUGGGGGCUGCGAGUGGAUGUGCUCCUUGCUGCAGCAGGGCUUGAGGCUGUGCCACCUACAGCAGGGCUCAGGGCUGAGAUCCUCAGCCCCAAACCCUGCUCUGCCUUGCUCCCAUGGCACCAGGAGACCUGGAUACCUACUGGUCCGGCACUGCACCCAUCUGCGUGGGGGGCUGCAAGGGGAAGCAUAAGGAGCUGAAGAGGAGCCAGUGUGGGAAUGGCAGCUGCUGCUGGCUGGGCUACAAGUCCUUCUGCCGAGUGAACUGCGGGCGGCCCGAGGCGGAUUUCAACUCAGUGGUGUAUGGCAAUGACUGGUGGGUGGGCUCCGUAGUGCGCUACAGCUGCCGGCCCGGCUUCAUGCUGCUUGGGGACCCAGCCAGUGCCUGCCAGUCCGACGGCCGCUGGACGCCCAAACCCACCUGCCUGCGUGAGUACCAUGGGGUGGGAUGGUACUGCUGUUCUAUCAGCCCACCACGGGAUAAAAGGGGCUGGUGGGCACAGUGGGGAUGUGCUCCAGUCCUGCUCUUGCAGGGAUCUGCCUGCGAGGUCGGAUCGAGAUCAGCGAGCGGGACAUCAGUGGGAGCUGCUCAUCAUCCUGCAGCACCCAGAGCCACCUGGGAGCCUCCCUGCACCGUGGCUGCAUCAAGAUCUCCUCCUGCAGCACCAAACGCUCGGGCUGGGUGCGCUGGUUCCUGCGCUGCGAUGUCUGUGAGUGUGACUGCCACGUGCCCUGCGGGGAGUCCUGAUAGCGGUGCCCACCUCAGCUUCCUCCUGAUAGAGCUGAGCCUUCUGCACUGAGCUCUGCUGGCUACACAUCUCCAGUGCUGGGCUCUUCCUUCCCGUAAUCUCCGUCCAUCCUGAAGCUGUCAUCUGGGGGAAGAGGUUUGGGACUUGCUGCCUUCCUGCCUGGCUGCAUCACAUGGUGUGCAGGGAAUGCUGUGGGCAGCAGGAGCUGGGCAGCUGCAAUGAGGACUUGGAGACCUCAGUGUCUCAGCCGUUCUUCCUGGCUGCUCCCUGGAGAGGCUCACAUCCUCUUCUAGCAGGGAGGCAGCGCUGUGCCUGUCCUGCAGGCUGCUAUUUCUCUCUGCCAGCUAUUUCCUGCCCCUGUGUGCUGUCAGCAGGACUGUCCUGCUGUUCCAUCCAUGCAUGGGGGUUGCUGUGCAUGGUGCCCGCAGGGUGGGGGCUGCUCCUUCCUGCAGUGUGUGAUUUGCUCUGAGCCCCCCCCCUCCUCCCCAGGGACAUCUCUGGGGUAGCUGAUGCCUUGCAGCCAGGACAGGUAAGGAGAUGCAAGGGGCUGUCCUAAGUGCUAAAGACCCCUCCUUGGUCCUGGGUUCCUUGGGAUCCCAACCCUGAACCCUUGAUUCUGUCCCACAUCCCCUCAUGUCCCAUUGUUGUGAUGGUCUCUGGGUGCCACGUGCUCCCCAUGGACACGCUGGAUCCCUCUGGAGCAGCAGUGGAAGAGCCAGAAUAGUUAUUCCCUGGGGAGGAAGAGGGUGCAGUUAUACAUGAAGGUUCUGCUGCCUGUUCCAACCCCACAGCUCCACACACAGAGGGCAGGGCCAGGACUGGCUCUCCGAGCCCCAGGUGUGAAUGUCCUGGGUUAGGAGGCAGUGUGAUGAAAUAGCUUUGGGAUGAGCCCAGCACCUCUUCUGCUCCACGAGGAACUGACUGCAGGCCUCGAUGUUGGGCUGACUCUGAUGUCGCACCCUGUCCCAGCUCCUCCUGCCUGAAUCCUAAUCCUAAAGAGCCGGAUCCCUGUCCCCAGCUCCAUCCCAGCCUCAGUCUGACUGUGGGAGGGGAAGGAUUUCCUUAGCUCACCAGAUGGGUAUUUUAAUUAAUACCAUUGUCAGUGCA